AUGAUUGCAGCGCUCAGCGGGACGGCCGCUGCGGUUUGUGGCUUCAUGCUACGGUGUGAGGUGAAGCUUCCCUCUGCUCUCCUGCAGUCGUCGCUGUUUGCACAUGGGCGGCCACCAGGCCAGCUCCGGGCUUCCGCUGGAGGCGCGGGCGACCGCCAGAGUGGACACUUCCCUGUCGCUGGGCCGGGGCGUGGGGCGCCGAUGGUCGGGGCUCGCCUGCUCGCGGAUGGGGGUGAAGCGGGCGAUGGAGGGCUGAGCCGUGGGACUGCCGACACCAGGGAGUGUGUGUAUUACAACGUGAACUACGAGACCGAGAAGACGAACCAGAGCGGCGUUGAGCGCUGCGAGGACGAGCAGGACAAACGCUCGCACUGCUACGCCUCCUGGAGGAACAACUCGGGCUCCAUCGAGCUGGUGAAGAAGGGAUGCUGGCUGGACGACUUCAACUGCUACACCGGCCCUAGUCAGAGUGUUACUGUGUGUGAAGUCAUUUCCUGUCUCUCUCUCAGGCAGCAGUGUGUGGCCACCGAGGAGAGCCCGCAGGUCUUCUUCUGCUGCUGUGAAGGAAACUUCUGCAACGAGCGCUUCACCCACCUGCCGGACAUCACCGUGCCACUGAUCAAGGCCCCGCCCCACAGCGUGGGUGUGUUAAACGUGAUGAUUUACUGCCUGCUGCCCGUCACCAUGCUGUCUGUCGCUCUGCUCACCACCGUCUGGAUGUACCAACACCGCAAACCUCCGUAUGGACACGUGGACAUUGCCGAGGAUCCUGGUCCACCUCCUGCCUCCCCCCUGCUGGGGCUGAAGCCUCUGCAGCUGCUGGAGGUGAAAGCCAGGGGGCGCUUCGGCUGCGUUUGGAAGGCUCAGAUGAUGAACGAACACAUGGCCGUGAAGAUCUUCCCCAUGCAGAAUAAGGACUCCUGGGAGACCGAGAGGGACGUGUUCAUGACGCCGGGCAUGAGGCACGAGAACAUCCUGAGGUUCAUCGCCGCAGAGAAACGAGGGAGCCACCCCGAGGCCGAGCUGUGGCUCAUCACAGAGUUCCACGAGAGGGGCUCGCUGUCGGGCUUCCUGAAGGGAAACAUGAUCAGCUGGUCCGAGCUGUGCCACAUAGCCGAGACGACUGCGCGCGGCCUGGCGUACCUCCACGAAGACGUCCCCCAACUGAAGGGAGAGGGUCCCAAACCGGCCAUCGCCCACAG